AUGUCUACAAAAGAGACUCAACCACAAGACGGAGUAUCACCUCCAGCUAAUGGUAACAUACCGUUUGAUGAGAAAGCAAUUUCAAGAAUCAUCAAAAGUUAUGCAAUUUAUUUUGCAAUGUUAUUAGCAAUAUAUUUUCAAGAAAAUUUCAAUACUUCAGAACUUCAAUAUCAAAUUUUAAUAGUUGAAUUUAUACUUGAUUUUAUAAGGGAUAAUUUAAAUGGAUUAAAUUAUAAACAAAUACCAUUUUUCCUUAUUUUAUUGUACUUUCAAAAACCAUGGUUAAAUUUAAUUUAUAUUUUUGGAACAACGUCAAUUGGAUUUGAUGUAGUCAUGAAUAAUUUCAAAUUUGGUAAAAAAUUAAGAAUAUUAGAUUAUUUAUUAAUUGUAAAUUAUAUUUUCGUUUAUGUCAAUUUAAUAAAUUACGAGAACAUGACUGGAUAUAUAGUUGCAAUUGGCCAUUUUUGUUUAUUCCUUAAUUGGUUUACAUAG